CUCUUCGUCCUGCGGAGCGUCGUGUGUCCGCAAUACCCAAUUUGUAAAUAAAAUUUGUGUUUGUGUUGUACAAAUAAUUACGUAUUUAUAUUUUAUACAAGGGACAGCAGGACAAUUAGAGUAGUUAUUUUUAUCUCUAUUUUGUAAAAACGGUGACGACGACGAGGUUGCCGUGCAUUAGUUCAGAGUUAUAUUGUGCAAGAAGAUGUCGGAGGAAUUAAAGCUGGAUCACCGAUCACGAAAACGCAUUCGUGAAAUCAAAAGAAAAGCAAGACCCGAACUUGCUGACAGGACAGCUUGGACCCAGCAUAAUUAUUACAAAAAAUUCCGACAAUUUUGGGACUUCCAAGAUAAUGUUGAACGUAUUAACGAGGCUGAAGUUUCAGCUGAUGAAUUUAUUAGGAGGUUCGAAAAACCUUACAUACCUGUGAUAAUAAAAGGUGUUCAGAAUGGCUGGAAGGCACAAUACAAAUGGACGAUAGAGAGGUUGGCAAAGAAAUAUAGAAACCAAAAAUUUAAGUGUGGAGAGGAUAACGAGGGCUAUAGUGUUAAAAUGAAAAUGAAAUAUUACAUUCGCUACAUGCAGAACAAUGAGGAUGAUUCUCCGCUAUAUAUAUUUGACAGUUCCUUCGGUGAACAUCCUCGAAGAAAAAAGUUGUUGGAAGAUUAUGUGAUUCCAUUGUACUUCCGAGACGAUCUCUUCCAACAUGCUGGGGAACACAGGAGACCCCCUUAUCGUUGGUUUGUUAUGGGGCCUGAGAGAUCUGGAACUGGAAUUCACAUAGAUCCUCUUGGGACUAGUGCCUGGAACGCCCUUAUCUCUGGACACAAGAGAUGGUGUUUGUUUCCUACUCAUACUCCUAGAGAGCUCUUAAAAGUAACUGGUGCAGAAGGUGGUAAGCAGAGAGACGAAGCUAUCACCUGGUUCUCCGUUAUUUAUCCCCGUACGAAACUGCCGACGUGGCCACAAGACUGCAAACCUAUAGAAAUUUUACAAAAUCCUGGAGAAACAGUAUUUGUGCCUGGUGGCUGGUGGCAUGUUGUUCUUAAUCUCGAUGAUACAAUUGCUGUAACGCAAAAUUUUUGUUCCCGAACUAACUUUCCGGUCGUAUGGCACAAGACGGUUCGAGGUCGACCGAAAUUGUCGCGCAAAUGGCUAAAAGUACUAAGAGAAAAAGAGCCAGAAUUAGCGGCUCUUGCAGAAACAAUUGACGUAAAAAAAGACACAGGCGUAGCUAGUGACUCCUCGAGCGGUUCAUCUAGCAGUUCUUCGAGCAGCAGCAGUAGUAGCAGCAGUGAAUCUGAAGACAGCGAAGAUAGCGGACUUGCUUCACACAAAAAAAAGAAAAGACGAAAAUUGAACAACACUCAGCCCUGACGAAGGAUAAAGACGACACUCGACCACCGAUGGAUGACAGCCCUCGGGGAAUGUUGUACAGUUGCUGGGGACAUACCACAAUCAUUUGGGAACUGCUUAAGGUGUCAAAAGACCACUCGUUGAGGAACUCUUAGUGAAGUGAUUCAAUGGAAAGUGCCAAUACGACCCGACAUAGUGUGACCAAUUUUGAACCGAUUAUUUAUAUGCACCAGUAAAUAAAUACUUUCUAAAUUUUAAUUAUGCCUUGUGACAUUUUUUACGAUCGUAUGAAAUAAUAAAAACAAAGAUAACAAAAAAAUUAAAAGAUAAUACUGCGUUUUAGUUUUGCUCAAAAAUCCAACUACUGUAUUAAGUUAAUCCAUUUAAUUCGUAUAAGUUGGAAAGUUUUAUAUAAUUAUUUGUUAAAACUGCAUAACACAUUAACACA